UUAAUGCUCAAAAUGGCAAUCUUACCAGACUGGCAUAGUCUGUACCCGAGGACCCGGAAGCCGACAUAUUCCCGCCCCCACUCCUCACCAUGCAGAGUGUAUUCAAAGACUGGUUUCCAAGAUUUGUGCAGACCCUCUUCAUCAACCACAGCGAUUGUGAAUCCAGUACUGUCCUUCCUAGACAUUGAACGGAUUCUAUCUCAAAAGAUUUCCAACAAAAGGGAUGAAAUGAAAAAGGUCUUCCAGGUACUUGACCCGAACCACAGCCAGACGGUGACAAAGGGGGAGCUGAAGCGUGCCAUCACGACAUUCCUCCUGCCGCUCACCAGAGAGCAAUUCCAGGACGUGCUGGCACAGAUCCCGCUCACCAGCUCGGGUAAUGUGCCAUAUCUCGAAUUCCUGUCCAGGUUUGGUGGAAUUGAUCUAAAUAUAAAUGCUAUAAAGAGGGGAAAUGGGAAGGAGGUAGACUACAAGCGGACAUUCAAAGAGCUUGAAGCCCAACUGGCUGAAAAGAUCUUCCGAAACAUGAAGACCAUGAAGAAAGCCUUCCAGCUCAUCGAUGUCAACAGCACAGGCAAGGUGCAGUCCCAAGAGCUGAGACGGGUCCUGGAGACAUUCUGCCUGAAGAUGAAGGAUGAGGAGUAUGAGAUGUUCUUGAAACAGUACAAUAUCAAUGGCUCUUCCAUGGUGGACUUCAAUGCUUUCCUGAAGAACCUCAGCGUAAGCAAUGACUUGAACUUCAGAUACUUACUGUCCAGUCCAGAGAUCUCAAGGGAGAAUCGACAAGUCAAGACUGCCAGGAGGGAACAGCCACUCAACCCUGUGUCAUCUGAAGAUGUCUGGAAGAACUACUCCUUAGAUGAUGUGGAAAAGACCUUUUGUCAAGAGCUUUCAAAGUCUUAUGAAAAGAUCGAAAAAGCCCUGAGCGCAGGAGACCCCUCCAAAGUUGGCUACGUCUCUCUGAAUUACCUGAAGGUUGUCCUUGACACUUUCGUAUAUCGACUACCAAGAAGGAUUUUUAUCCAGUUAAUGAAAAGGUUUGGACUUAGAACUACCACGAAAGUCAAUUGGAAGCAGUUUUUAACUGUAUUUUAUGAGCGGCAGGGGUUGGAAGUCAGCAAGGCAAUUCCCCAGAAGAAAAGAAGCAGCAUCGACUCUAGAAGCCAGUCUCGCAAGGAAAAUAUCAUCAAGAAGUUAUUCAGGUACUCGGAAGAGCGCUACACAGCCCUGAAGAAGGCAUUGUUAAUUAUCAGCACGACACCCAAUGGACACAUGACUUGGGAAGAAUUUCGACAUGUUCUAAACUGCAUGGUUGCAAAGUUAAAUGACUCAGAAUUCCACGAACUGAAGCAGACAUUUGACCCUGAGGGCACCGGAGCAGUGAAGGUCAGCUCCCUACUGGAGGCGUUGGAUGACAGCCCUAAGGUGAGAAAAAUGUUCCCCUCUACAGACACCAAGGCAACUCUGCCUGUGGCUUGGGAUUCAGUAGAAGAAAUGGUGCUUAAUGCCAUCAGCAGGAACCUCCAGAACUUUUACGGCAUGCUGCAGUCAUAUGACCUUGGGGACACGGGGACUAUAGCAAGAAAUAACUUCAAGAAAGUCAUACGCAUAUUCUGCCCAUAUCUAUCGAAUGAGCACUUUAUAAAACUCUCCAGUAAGUUUCAAGACACAGCCUCAGGAAGGGUCCUGUACAAGAAACUUCUGUUGUCCAUCGGUGUCAGUAUCCCACCACCCAUCUGUCCACUUUCUGUUCCGAAGGAUCAACCAAGUGAACAGCUGCAAAAGGAGGAGCAGGGUCAGCCAGAUCUUGCUGAGAGAACCCAGCCCAUGAAGGACAAAACAACGGAGGCCAAGAUCAUGACCAAGGAGGAAGUCAUCAACAGACUCAAGCAGUGUAUCCAGCAGCAGGACCCGGUAUUCAAAAAGCAGUUUCUUAGCAUCAGCAAGCAGCCCGAUACAAAGAUCGGCCUGGAGGACUUCCGGAAGGUCCUGGAGGAAAGUGGGAUGCCUAUGAAUGAUAGUCAAUAUGCAAUGCUGACCUCCAAGAUUGGCUACAAGAAGGAGGGCAUGAGUUACCAGGACUUCACCUCAGGAUUCGAAGACACUAAGCUGAGUGGCCUGGAAACUGUUCCACCGCAGCCACGUACUGCCACCAAAACAAAUUUAGAUGACCACUUCAUAUCAGCUGAAGAAUGUGUGAGACUCUUUCCCAAGAAGCUAAAGGAGUUGUUCCAGGACCCCUACUCUGCCUUCUUUAAAGUAGACACUGACAUGGAUGGCAUAAUCAACAUGCAUGAUCUUCACAGAUUGCUACAGCAGCUACAGCUCAACAUGAAGGACAGCGAGUAUGAGCGCUUCCUCGGCCUCCUGGGCUUGAGAUUUAGCGUCACUCUAAACUUCCGAGAGUUUCAGAACCUGUGUGAGAAGAGACCCUGGAGAUCAGAUGAGGCACCUCAAAGGCUCAUUAGAUAUAAACAGAAAGUUGCAGAUUCCGAGCUAGCCUGUGAGCAGGCCCAUCAGUACCUCACCAUCAAAGCCAAAACCAGAUGGGCGGACCUGUCCAAGAAUUUCAUAGAAACAGACAAUGAGGGCAAUGGCAUUCUCCGGCGAAGGGACAUCAAGAAUGCACUGUAUGGCUUUGACAUCCCCCUCACCCCGAGGGAAUUUGAGAAGCUUUGGCAAAACUACGAUAUCGAGGGAAGGGGUUACAUCACAUACCAAGAGUUUCUGCAGAGACUGGGCAUUCGAUACUCCUCGAAGAUCCACCGGCCCUACAAGGAAGACUAUUUCAACUUCCUGGGUCACUUCACAAAGCCCAAGCAGAUCCAGGAAGAAAUCCAGGAGCUGCAGCAGACAACUGAAAGGGAGAAGCUCAUGAACCAUUAUGAAGAGAUCAGCAAGGCGCUCAGCAUGCUGGAAAAAUCCAAGACGGGCUCUGUAGCCCUCUGCAAGGUGCUGAAGGUGCUGCAUGAUUGUGGGUGUCCCCUGAAGGAGGAGGAGCUCAUCAGCCUUCUGAAGAGCUUGGGCAUCAGUGUGCAUAAUAAUUGCAUCAAUCCCCAAGACUUGUUGAGAGCACUUGAGACCAACAAGACAAGCAAAGCUCAGCCAAAAGAAAAAGAAGAAAGCACACCACCACCAAUCAACUUUUCCAGGCUGAACCCUGAGGAAGUGGUGAAGAGCAUGCAGGUGUUGGUGGACUCCUCCCAGCCUGCUUUGUUAAAGGCAUUUUCUGCACUGGAUAAAGAGGACACGGGGUUCGUGAAAGCUAUGGACUUUGGAGACAUCCUGAAGAGUUUCUGUCAGAAACUAACAGAUAACCAGUAUCAUUAUUUUUUGAGAAAAUUAAGGAUUCACCUAACACCCCAUAUACACUGGAAAUACUUCCUGGAGAACUUUGGCUCCUUCCUGGAGGAGACUGCUGAUGAGUGGGCAGAGAAGAUGCCCAAGGUCCCACCCCCCACAUCUCCCAAAGAAAUGGCCAACAGAGACAUCUUGGCACGAGUGCACAAGGCAGUGACUUCCCAUUAUCACACCAUCGCCCAGGAGUUUGAGAACUUCGACACCACGAAAAGCAACACAGUCUCCAGAGAUGAGUUCAGAUCUGUCUGCACCCGCCAUGUGCAGAUCCUGACCGACGAGCAGUUUGACAGGCUGUGGAGCGAGAUGCCCGUCAACGCCAAGGGGAGGCUCAAGUACCAGGACUUCCUCAGCAGGUUCAGCACUGAGAGAGCACCCUCACCACCCAUGGCUGCUGGCGACUCUGGAGACUCCACUGUCGCCCAGAGGGGAAGCAGUGCCCCUGAGGUCUCCCAGGGAAUCAGAUCCAACCUCUGCUCUCCUUCUCGGGACCCCAGGGCGGGGUUGAAAUCCCGGAGUCACCCCUGUACUCCAGUGGGCACCCCACCCCUGCAGAACUGUGAGCCCAUCGAGAGCAAGCUCCGCAAGCAAAUCCAGGGCUGCUGGCGCGAGCUCCUGAAGGAAUGCAAGGAGAAGGACAGUGACAAGCAAGGGAGCGUUACUGCAGCAGAAUUCCUGGCUCUCGUGGAGAAGUUCAAGCUGGACAUAAGCAAGGAGGAGAGCCAGCAGCUCAUUGUCAAGUAUGACCUGAAGAACAAUGGCAAGUUCGCCUACUGUGACUUCAUUCAGAGCUGCGUUCUCCUGCUAAAGGCCAAGGAGACCUCAUUGAUGCGGAGGAUGAGGAUCCAGAAUGCGGACAAGAUGAAAGAAGCUGGUGUGGAGACACAGUCCUUUUACUCAGCCUUGCUGCGGAUCCAGCCCAAGAUUGUUCACUGCUGGAGGCCCAUGCGGCGUACCUUCAAGGCCUAUGAUGAGAACGGGUCAGGGCUCCUGAGUGUGGCUGACUUCAGGAAGGUGCUGCGGCAGUACAGCAUCAACCUGUCGGAGGAGGAGUUCUUCCAUGUGCUCGAGUACUAUGACAAGUCACUAUCAUCCAAGAUUUCCUACAAUGACUUCCUGCGCGCCUUCCUGCAGUAGGCAUCCAGGUGGGGAUGCACUGGGGACAGAUGGAGCCUCAGGGUCUGUCCCCAAGACUAACAAAACCAGACAAUGGAGGGCUGCAGUCAAUUCCCCAAAGCGGCUUCAGAGCCUAACCCUACCCAGCAUCAGGCUCCAGAGAUGUAGGUUCUCGCUCCAACCUCAUGGGGCCUCUCUGGGUGACAACAGGGCGGCAGCUGGCCUCAGGCGUCCUCACUCACUCAUUUGAGCAAAUAAAAUAGUCUUUGCAGGAACGACUCUUGAGACUUUAAAGAACUACUUACUAAUAAAAUGUUUGAAAGCUUGGGA